AAUUUCUCAUCUUUCUAUAUGCCCAUUUAAUCUCUUUCUAUAAACCCCAAUUUUCAACCAAUUUUCUGGACAUAAUUACAUAAUUUGACAAUUCUAAAGCUAUGAAGUCAAGUAAAGGCAACAAUUUGGAAGAUGAUGAAGAAUAUGAUGAAGAUUUCACUUCUAAGAAAGAGCCCUCUUCCUCUAACAAAGAUGCAAAGAACAAUGAUAAGGCAAGUGCAAUGCGUUCAAAGCACUCGGUGACUGAGCAACGGCGUAGGAGCAAGAUUAAUGAGAGAUUUCAGAUAUUAAGAGAUUUGAUACCCCAUGGUGAUCUGAAAAGAGAUACUGCCUCUUUUCUCUUGGAGGUAAUAGAGUAUGUUCAAAUCUUGCAAGAAAAAUUGCAAAAGUAUGAAGGGCCAUAUCAAGGAUGGAGCACGGAACCCACAAAACUGGUGCCCUGGAGACACAAUCAUUGGCGUGUUCAAAGUAUUCUUGGGCAUCCUCAGACCGUAAUAAAGAAUAGUCCCAACUCUGCAUCAACAUUUUCAGGGCAAUUUGAUGAGAGGAGUUUCAGCUCAAAUCCUAGUGUGACUGCCGAUGGUCAGACUCGAGUAGAUGCUGAUUCUGGCCAUGAAACCUUUAGAACUUUGGAUCAGCAGUCGGAAUUGGUUGAAAAGGCUGCAACUAUGGCUAUGCCCACACCAUUUCCGUUGCACAUGCCUGCUAUUAUUCAACAUGAUGGAGAUGAUCCCCAUCUUUCCCAAAGACCAGCUUCAGAUGUGCUAUUAUCCGCCCGCUGUCCCAAUAGCUGUGAUGAUCAACAGGGGCAACAUAAAAUCGAAGGGGGCACUAUUAAUAUCUCGAGUUCUUAUUCUCAUGGGUUGUUGAUGACAUUAACACAAGCACUACAAAGUUCAGGUGUGGAUCUGUCUGAGGCUAGCAUUUCCAUACAGGUUGAUCUUGGGAAGCGAGCUAAUAAGAGUCUAGUUCCUGGGAUAUCUGAUGCUAAUAAGGAAAUGGAGAAUUCAGCUUCCCGUGAUCUGAAUAUGGGGCGUGUUGGAGACGGGAGUGGCAUGGAGGAAUUGGAGCAACCGCAUAAAAAAUUGAAAUCGUAAUUAUGUAAUUGAAAAAUCGGGGAUACGUUGUGAUUUAGGCGUGUUCUUGCCAAUCCUUCCUUGCCCUUUCCCGCUUAAUAUUUAUCUAUUUGUUGUAUAUGAUGUGCCUGUCAAUGGUGUUUUCUGUAACCAGUGGUCGGAGUAUUUUUAUAGAGGGGAAGUUUAACCACAAGUUUGACAAGGUUAAGAAGACUUGUGUAGAUUCUUUCAACCAUUCAGUGUGAUUGCCUGUAAUUAAAUUGAUACAUAUUUAAGUAGUUAGUCUUUUCUGGGGGAUUACUCUUUUUCAUUAUUUUUCAUCAAAUUGGAUUUUGGAUUUUGGAGCUGGUC